GACAAGGCUGCCGAGCUUGUCGUCGCCGCGAGUAGCAACGACGCGUCGCUGGUGGAGGUCCUGCUGCAACGGCCCCAAGAUCCAAACCUUUCAGUCCGCGGCCGAACGCCGCUGUUCUGUGCCGCUUAUCACGGCCGGUUGGAUAUCGUCCGGCUCUUGCUGGAGGCUUCUGCUGAGACAGAUGGUGCCCGCUGCGACGAUGGAGCAACCCCGUUGUUUGUAGCGUGCCAGUUCGGGCACCUGGAGAUUGCUCGGCUCUUGCUCGAAGCAAAGGCUGAUCAGGACAGGGACGUGAAGGACGGCCCGACGCCGUUGAUUAUCGCCUGUCAAAGCAACUACGUUGAGGUCGUGCGCCUCUUGCUCUCUGAGCGCGCUGACAGCAACAAGACCGACCCGAUCGGAGGAACCCCACUAUCCAUGGCUUCUGCACUUGGCUACAUCGAGAUCAUUCGGCUACUGCUGGAGGCCAAUGCUGACAAGGAGAAGGCGCAGCGUGAUGGCCUGACACCUUUGUUCUUCGCAUGCCAAGGCAGUGAUGCAGAAGUCGUCCGCGUCCUUUUAGAGGCGCGUGCCGACCAGAACAAGGCGUGCCAAAAUGGUGUCAGCCCUCUGUCCAUGGCACGCAUGAAGCAACACGAGGAUGUACUGCGCCUCCUACUGGAGUUCACACAACCCUAA